AUGGAUGAUAUUGAGGUUUUUACUUCAAUAGAUAAUCCAGUUGAUUUUCCUACAGAUGACUCAAAUGUUUAUCAAAGAAUUGUGGAUGGUAUUGCAGAAAUUUCAAGAAAAAAUCCUCCAAUAACAAAGCAAAUCGAAAUACAAAACAAUCUGACAGUCUCUGAUCCAUACAAUCCAAAAAUACAAUAUGUUGCUAAGAAUCAAAAAAAUUUAUCCUAUAUUGCAAAAAUUAAUCAGAAGGAAUUGUGUUGGGGACAAUUCACGAUAUUUAGAAGCAAUAUAAUAGAUAUAAAAUGCAUGAAAGAGUUACUUUUUGCAUCAUUUACCGAUGAAACGAUUUCAAUUAUUGAUACAAACACUGGAAUUUCAGCAGAUGCAUCUAUAUAUAUACCAAGUGGAAUACUUAGAAUGGAAUGCAUAGAUGGGGAUGCUUUAGUUGUGAUAUCAAACAAACGCCGAUGCAAAGUUUGGAAAUUUUUCGAUAGACAUAGCAGUCAAUUAAUAUUUGAUCAAGAAUUUCCAAUCCAAUUACCAAAUAAAUUCACAAUACGUCUUACUCAAAUACUACAUUGCCCACAAUUUACUUUAAUAAUUUCAUUUAACCAAAUUGAUUACUUUUAUUCAUACUAUUCGAAUUGUUGGAUUGGAACUGGAUCACAGUUACCAUCUAUCUUUACAGAUUCAAGAGAACCGCAGACAAUUUUUGAAAUACAAAAUGAAAUGUUCCAAAAAAUUGUUGAUGAAGAUCCAAAAUUCUUUGAUUUGCUUAUAGGAUUGAUUGAUUACUACAGUUGCAAAGAAAAAGACUCAGAAUUACUUGAUGUCAUGUCAGAAAUUAUUGAAAUUGCUCAACUUACUGAAACAUACUCAGGAGUUUCAACAAAAGACCUGUUUAAAGAAUCAAUGCUCCAUAUCAUACAGAAUAGACCACAAUUGGCCCAAUUUAUCAAGUCAUCGAAAGAAUAUAAAGAAUCAAUUGAAGAAUCCUCAGCUGGGGCAGAAACAAUCAAAGAAAUCAAGAGGAAGAUUGAACAAGAGAAAGGUAUUUACACUCCUUCUGUUGUUGUUUCAUAUAAACCACCAUUUUCUCUCAAAGAAAGAAUCAAAAACGCUUUUAAUGAUGCCAAAAAAGCUGUUGAAAGACUUAAACAAUUAAAACAAGAAUUACAAAAGGAAACAGAACAAAACAAGACAAAAAGUUACCCUGAACACACUAUUUAUCCUGAAUACAACAUGUCUAAACAAACAAAACUUAACACAGAAUUUAAAUCUCCUGUUUUGAAACCAAAGAAAGCAAAUAUUAUGAUUCCUCAUUUGAAUACUGAGAAAAGAAGUAAAUUUUCAUCAGAUGAAGAUGACGAUGUUAUCGAAGCUAUUGAUGAUGAAGAAAUAGAAACAAAUAAAACUACAUCUUCAUCAUCUAUUUCUCCUUACAAGAGUAUGACGGAAUCAAUACAUACAACACCAGAAAAAGAAGAAUCAAUAACAGAUGUGAAUACAGAAUUGGAUGAUCCUAUUGAAGAGAUUUCUGAUACAGAAAAUCAACCACAAAUAUUAAGUGAUGUAAGAAGAAACAUCAAAUCUCCGAAACUUCCUUUAGUUCAACUCAAAUCUAUUCCUACUAAUUCGAUGCCUAAAACAUUUCCAAAAAGUUCAAUGCCUAACUCAUUUCCAAAGAGUUCUGCUCCUCCUGAACCACCAAACAUGAUUUCGCCAAAGAGACAAAAUGUUCCUACUUCUCCACAAAUUUCAAAUCAUCUGGGAAUUUUACCUUCUCCUCCACAACAGAAAAUCAGCUCAAUAAAGAGAUUUGAAGUCGAAAGUGACACUGAUUCAGAUUUCGAUAUCUUGAAAAUGGCUGAAAACGACGAACAAAAAUUCAAAUCUAAUCAAAAUGAAGAAAAAUCUAAACCUAAACAAAACAACGAAGAAAUUCCUAAAUCAUCUAAAAAUAACAAUAACAACAAUCAAGAAGAAAAAUCAAAAUCAAAUCAAAAUGAAGAAAAGUCUAAAUCUUCUAAAAAUGAUGAAGAAAAGUCUGAAGUUGAAGAAAAUCUUGUUAAAAAUAAUGUUCCUCAACCUAAACAAGUUAAGAAAGAACAAAGUGAUGAUGAUUUCACUUUGAGUUUGAAAGAAGAAGAAAGCGACAAUGAUGAUGAUAUUCCAAGAGCACAAAAACCACUGAAAGAAAAUAUUGAAAUCAAUGAUUAUGAACCAGCUAUUAAUAUUUCAUCUUCAGACGAAGAAAUAAUAUUACCAACAAACAUUGAAUCACAGAAUAAAGGCACAAAACAAAAACAACAAGAGGAAAAUAAUGAUUUACAAGAAUGGGGAAUUUUCGUUACAGAAUCUAGUGAUGAUAGUGAUGUUGAUAAAUUGGUUGAGGAACACCUGAGUAGAGUGAAUUCGCAAACACAGUCAAGUUCAAUUCCUCCAAGUGAAAAGAAAUACUUGAAUUCUUCAGAUGAAUCUGGUGUUGAAUUUAUUUCAGAAAAAUCAAGUAGAAACAAUUCUCAAACAACUUGGAAUCCUCAUCCAAUUGAGCCAGCAAAUAAUAGUAUAAUUAAAGGCCCAACAUGGUACAGAGCGUCUCAAGAAAAAUCUAAACUUUCGGAACAAAAAACUACAAAAGAAAAUAAUCAACAGAAAAGUGACACAAAUAAUCAACAGAAAAGUGACACAAAUAAUCAACAGAAAAGUGACACAAAUAAUCAACAGAAAAGUGACAAGAAAAUCGAGGAAACAAAGAAAAAAAUUAAAAAAGAAUUACCAAUUCCUCAAGUUAAAGAAACUCCUGAAAACAAAGAAGAAUCAACUUCUAAUGAUAAAUCAAAUUCUUCCACUCAAUAUCAAGGACCAUUGAAUAUCGUUAUUGAUGUUACUCAACAGCCACCAGACACAACAGAUUCUCUUGAUGAAACUAGUUUUACACUUUCUGAUAGUGACUCAGAUACAAAUACUACAACAAAUAAAGAAAAAGUUGAAAGACCUGCACCACAACAAAAUGAUAUUUAUCAUCAAAGAUUAAGUGAAUUUAUUCCUCCCUUUUCUCAAGUUGUUCCAAGUAAUCCUAAAAAUCAAGAUGACGGCAAAACAAACAAAGAAAAUAAAGAGAAAGGAAAGAAACAGAAAAAUAAGAAAGAUCAGAAAGAAAAAAUUGAAAAAGAAGAAAAAGAAAGACUUGUUAAAGAAGAAAAAGAAAAACUUGAGAAAGAACAGAAAGAAAAAAUUGAAAAAGAAGAAAAAGAAAGACUUGAAAAAGAACAGAAAGAAAAAUUUGAGAAAGAACAAAAAGAAAAAGAAAGACUUAUAAAGGAAAGACUUGAAAAACUUGCUAGAGAACAGAAAGAAAAACUUGCUAAAGAACAGAAAGAAAAACUUGAAAAAGAACAGAAAGAAAAAGAAAGACUUAUAAAGGAAAGACUUGAAAAACUUGCUAGAGAACAGAAAGAAAAACUUGCUAAAGAACAGAAAGAAAAACUUGAAAAAGAACAGAAAGAAAAAGAAAGAAUUGCUAAAGAACAGAAAGAAAUAUUUGAGAAAGAACAGAAAGAAAAAGAAAGACUUAUAAAGAAAAGACUUGAAAAACUUGCUAGAGAACAGAAAGAAAAACUUGCUAGAGAACAGAAAGAAAAACUUGCUAAAGAACAGAAAGAAAAAGAAAGAAUUGCUAAAGAACAGAAAGAAAUAUUUGAGAAAGAACAGAAAGAAAAAGAAAGACUUAUAAAGGAAAGACUUGAAAAACUUGCUAGAGAACAGAAAGAAAGACGCGAAAAAGAACAGAAAGAAAGACUUGAAAAAGAAGAAAAAGAAAGGCUUGAAAAGGAAAGGCUUGCGAAAGAAGAACAGAAAGAGAAAGAAAAUAUUCAAAAAGUAAAUGAAGAGAAAGAUAAAGAAGAAACAGAAACAAAACCAACAAGGAAUUUCGCAAAAAGAUCAAAGAGAAAAUUUGAUCCAAUUCCAGCAGUUGCUUAUGUUGAUCAGCAAUCAAUUGAUGAAAGAGCGAAGAAAGUUGAAAAAGACAAAGAAGAAGAAAAUCGGAGAUUUAUUGAACAGCAAAAGAACUUAGAAGAGUUCAAGAAAUCAUUGGGCCAUGAUAAAAAGAAAGAAAAGAAAGCAGAAACACAAAGAAAGAGAAAAGAAAAAGAUCAGAGCAUUUAUGAAGAACAAAUGAAGAUUCUACAAAAGAAAAAGGAAGAAGAAGAAGAAAAUAAGUCAAAAGAUAAUACUUCAAAAUCUUCAGAUGGUAAAAGAAUCAUUAAAAAAGAAGAAGUUAAUACUGAAUUAAGUUUCAUAACAACAAAGUUAAUAAAGGAAAAACAGAACAUCAAAGAAAUCAUCGAUAACGUCAAAGAACAUUCAAGUCAGAGCCAAGAAAACAUAAAGAAGCGGAAAGAAGAACUUGAUAAACAACAGAAAAACGAAGAAGAAGAAAAAGAAAAACAAAACCAGAAUUCAUUCAUUAUGAAAUUGAACAAACAGAGAGAACGGAUCAUUCAAGAAUUCAAUGAAUCCAAAAAUAAAGAAAAAAAGCAACCUCAAAAAGAGGAGAAAACUAAAGAACCAAUGAAGAAACCAACAGAAAUUAAACAACAACCUCCAAAAGAAGAGAAACCUAAUAAACCAAUGAAGAAACAAACAGCAAGAAGAACACCAACAAGCAUGGUCUCUGCUUCUCAAGUUAAUAAAGUAUAUGAAGGAGGAUCUCAAUACCAUGAUCCAGAACCAAAACCAACUAAAAGUCCACAAACAAAACAAACUCCACAAGAAACAAAACCUGUUAAACAAAGUCCACAAAAUAAACCAAAUAAAAGUCCUCAAAGUAAACCAUCUGGAAGUUUACAAGCAAAGCAAAGUCCACAAGAACAGAAGCCGAAAUUACAGCUGUCUAAAAGAACUCCUCAAAAUAUUAGAGCCAAUUUCCAUCCAGCACAAUCUUCGUCUGGCGAAGAACCAUAUUCUGCUGAAUCUUCAUCUUCUUCAAGUUCCUCAGCUGAAUCUUCAUCUUCCUCAUCAACAUCAACUUCAUCAUCUUCAUCAAGUAGUGAUGAAAGACCACAACAAACAACUAAUCAGAAAAGAAAAUACUUAGCUAUUAGAACUAAUCCAAAUAAGGCUAAUGCGCCCAAAAAAUAA